CGAGACAUUGCAUACAUGUCAUACACGUAUACCCCGAUUCAAUUUCCUCCGCUGAUUCGCUUCAAGUCUGCACCAAAACUUGUUCUGACAACUUCCAGACACUUCCAUAGCCUUCGGCCUCCUCCACUGGAAGCACGCGCGCGCACACACACCCAAUACUUUUCUCAGUCGCAAUGUCGCAUCUCUUUCUCCCCUAGUCCCUUAUGAUUCUCUCUCUUCAUAUUCUUUGAAUGCUUCAUCAGACACUUGCAGCUAUUGGAACUGCGAUUAGCCAGGAGGGGUUUUUUUGUAUAGGAACAUGGGAUGGUAUAGAAGAUCAAAGUUCGCUUUCGAUGCGUUUCGCAGUUUUGCUUCAAAGAUUGUGCCCAAAAACCCAAGUCCAGACUCGAUUUCCAGAACAAACAGGUACACUUCAUUGAUACCCAGUUUGGGUAAAUCCAAAGUUUCGGGUUUAUCUUUUUCUUCUCCGAUUUCUAGAAACCUAGGUUUUGAAUUUGGGACAAAACAGAGCCCCUAUAACCCUUUUCUUGGUGCUGCGAGACGACAUUACUAUGUCGAUCGAUACCAAGUUCACCAUUUCCGGCCGAGAGGGCCUCGAAGAUGGUUUCGGAAUCCCAAGUAUGUGUUGACUGUUGUGUUGCUUGGGUCUGGUGUAGUGAUUACGGUGUAUUUUGGGAAUUUAGAGAAUGUUCCAUACACAAACAGAAAACAUUUCGUGCUUUUGUCACGAAGCGCCGAGAGACAGAUUGGAGAGGCUGAAUUUCAGAAAAUGAAAAAAGCAUUCAGGGGAAAGAUACUGCCGGCCAUACAUCCGGAAAGUGUUCGGGUUCAGUUGAUUGCGAAAGAUAUCAUAAACGCUCUGGAGAGAGGGUUGAGGACAGAGCAGGUGUGGACCGAUCCUGGGUAUGCGGAUAGUGGUGGGAUGCAUGAGAGUGGUGGUGAGCAUGAGACUUUGGCGGCAUUGAUUGAUAGUCCGGAAGGAAAGUGGCAUAGAGAAGAUGAGAUUCUUGACGAUAGUUGGGUUCAGCAGAGCCGGAAGAAGGGGAAACAACGUGGGACAAAACCGUCAACCGGGCAUUUGGAGGGAUUGAAUUGGGAGGUGCUGGUUGUGAAUGAACCUGUUGUCAAUGCCUUUUGCUUGCCAGGUGGGAAGAUUGUUGUGUUUACUGGGUUGCUUGAACAUUUUCAAACAAAUGCAGAAAUUGCAACUAUUAUUGGGCAUGAGGUGGGGCAUGCUGUGGCUCGCCAUGCGGCCGAAGGAAUUACAAAAAAUCUAUGGUUUGCGAUUCUACAAUUGAUUCUUUAUCAGUUCAUUAUGCCUGAUCUUGUCAACACAAUGUCAACUCUUUUGCUAAGGCUUCCGUUUUCACGGAGGUUCUCUAUGGCUCUCUGGGUAAGAGAGGUCUCUGCACUGACCAUUGAACAGCGAAUGCUUAACAGUGUAAUGUUGGGGACAAAAGCAAUCCAAGAAUGUGCGUUUGGUUACUAAGAAAAACGGAUUCUUAAUAGGGGUAUUGGGUGGUUUGAGGGGCAGAAAGAAGGUGCCUCAGAAUUGCCUUCGUAUCAAGCUUUAGUCACUUUUGAUAAGUUGUGAGGCAUUAACUAAAGGAUGUACUUUUGAUUAGUUGUACUUUUGAUUAACUAAAGUAGUCUCCCAUCCAGUAAAAGUAUUUCAUGUGUGAAAAGAAAAGAAAGUACCGUCUGUCACCCGUGCCACUCAUUCUUUUCUUCUUUGUUAUUGCUUCCAGAUAUAAAACCUUAAUACACACACACACACACACAUACACACACUUGUGUAUAUAUAUAUAUAUAUAUAUAAUAUACCAACAUCCUGAUAUGUAUAAGUGUCUAUAGAUAUGGGGUAACUUCCACAAAACACCCCUAUUGUAUACAAAUUGUUCAAAUAACCCCCCUGUACUAUCAGAAGUAUAUAUAAAUCUUCGUCUAUCAGAAUAUACGCAUUUUGAUGAGCUGCUUUAAAGCCCCUAAAAGGUACAUGCUGCGCUAUAAUUUGAAAAAAAAAAGAAAAAAGAUGCAAUUAACUACCCUCCGUUACAUGACCGUUACGAUUUAGCCGUUAAGUGCAUCACGUGAACUAGGAAAUGAUUUAAAAACCCCAAGAUUCUCUUUUGUUGUUACAAAAGUACCCCUCCCUAUUUACUUAUCCAAAAAAAAAGGUACCCCUCCCUAUUUAGCUCUCUUUAGUUGCAGAUAUAUAUCAAUAUAUAUAUAUGUAUAUGUAUAUUUAUGUACUUGAGUGAGCUGUUAUCUCUCUCUGUUCUCCCUCCCUGUUGUCUCUCUUGCUUCGAUUUCUCUCUCUGUUUUUGUGAUUUCUCCUCUUUCUCUCACUGUUGCCGAUUUCUUCUCCCCUUUGUGUGUUGCAGAUUUGUUGGUGUGGUUUCUCUUAUAGAUGCUUAUGUAUCUCUGUGUGUGGAUAUAUAUUUAUCUGUGAUUGCCAAAGAUGGUGGGAGUGACUAGUGACAGUUUAAAAUCACCAUCGUCACCCAUCAAACACCCAAAUCAGACCCAUCACUCACCAAUUAACACUCGCUUUCAUGGCUAAAACCACUGAUCUGACCCACCCACGUAUUGACCCCACACAAACUGGGUGAAUCAAUGGUUGGUAUAUCUUGAAAGAAAGGAUUUUGUCUAAUUCAGAGAGACAAAUUAGAUAGCCAAAAAUUUGGUAGCCAUGGACAAAUGGUUGAUGUGGAGCAGAGGAUGAGACGUUAACCGUGGCGACUAAUGACUGUUAUAGUCAUGUAGGGGUAAAUUGGGAUUGGUCAUUGGAGGUGAUGUGGGGUUGAGAGAGAGAAGAUGUAGGGUUAUAUUCAAAGUUUAUGGGUCUAUUUGGAUUUUCGCAGGACUACGUUCUAACUUUUUUUACCUUAUCUAUUAAACCAAGUUAGUUUUUGUCCUCUUUUUUCUUUUAUGUUUUUUUGUUUUUUAUUCAUAUAACAUAAGGCUGAAAAUGUAAUUUACCUGCUCCGUUAACAGCAGGUUAACACCAGGGGCUUAUUUGAACUGGGGGGUAAUUACAAACUAGAGGGGGUUAUAUGCACUAUAUGUAUACCAUAGGGGUGUUUUAUGCAAUUUACCCCUAUAUAUAUGCAAUGGUUGGUAUAUCUUGAAAGAAAGGAUUUUGUCUAAUUCAGAGAGACAAAUUAGAUAGCCAAAAAUUUGGUAGCCAUGGACAAAUGGUUGAUGUGGAGCAGAGGAUGAGACGUUAACCGUGGCGACUAAUGACUGUUAUAGUCAUGUAGGGGUAAAUUGGGAUUGGUCAUUGGAGGUGAUGUGGGGUUGAGAGAGAGAAGAUGUAGGGUUAUAUUCAAAGUUUAUGGGUCUAUUUGGAUUUUCGCAGGACUACGUUCUAACUUUUUUUACCUUAUCUAUUAAACCAAGUUAGUUUUUGUCCUCUUUUUUCUUUUAUGUUUUUUUGUUUUUUAUUCAUAUAACAUAAGGCUGAAAAUGUAAUUUACCUGCUCCGUUAACAGCAGGUUAACACCAGGGGCUUAUUUGAACUGGGGGGUAAUUACAAACUAGAGGGGGUUAUAUGCACUAUAUGUAUACCAUAGGGGUGUUUUAUGCAAUUUACCCCUAUAUAUAUAGAUACACGCUUGUGAAGUUGCUUCUAUUGAAGCUCAGAGAACCUCCACAUUCUCUGCAGGGAAGCUUGGGGAGCCACCAUCGGUUCUCUGUUAUCAACCAUGCAACUCCCUCUCUCUCUCUCUCUCUCUCUCCUUUUGAGCGUUUUUAUAAAAUCUUACCUAUAAAAAAAAAAAAAAAAAAAAUUGUUGUUAAUCGUCAUAACUCUCUGUCCUCUCCAUAAUCAUCACCCAAAAGAGAAUUUCAGUUUCUUUACUGAUUACAAUAGUGUUUCCUUGUCUGCAAAUCUUCUUUCUCCCAUCAAAUCACUUCCAGCGACCUUUGCGGCCGCGAACCACCAUUGCUUUUCACUUUUCCAAUCAAGGAUGUAAUGCUACAAAUUCUAAACAACAGAUCAAUUGCGCAGCUCAAAGCCAUCAUGUGGUCUCCAUUCAAUCAUAAGAUCCUUAGACUAACAAUAUUCCUUGCAUAGCCGUUGUGCUAUAAAUCCCAUGCAUAUCAUACGAUUCAGUCUCUUAUACAAACCCAAAUUCAUCAAUCAACUAGGCUCACAUUAUAUGUUAAUUGGUUGGCCAAAUUUAUAUUUUAGGAGGUUAUUUGCAAAAAUGUGAUUUUUUUGGGGUGUGUGUGUGUUGGGGGGAGGGAAUAAUUUUUUGGGUGGUUAAUUUUCCCUGAAAUUUACUUCACUAUUUGUUCUCAUCAUUCUUAGAAUAUUUUUUAUUUUUUAUUUUUUGACAAAACAAAACAUUGUUUCAUGGUGGCUAGGUGAUUAUGUUGGUGCUUAAACUUUUAGAUGCAAGGAACAAAUGACAACUUGGUAUGCUUAAGACCACAUCCAACGUAAUGAAUUUUAUUUUUAUUUAUUUAUUGUGAUGUAGCGGGCAAUUGCAUUCCCCUGUAUAUUUGUCACUAAAUUGACGAAUUUUGGAUUAUUUUGGCUAAUAAUAAUUUCUACAUCGUCUAGAAUCUAUGAUAUUACAUUCUCUCGGAUCUCAAUGUUCACUUCUUUAACUGAAUAAUAUCAAAUAAAUUUGAAGCUAACCAAAGGUCCAAAGUGUGGAAUUAUUUGACCUCUUAUUGAAUGCUCAAAUCCAGUUGUGGAGAGCCUAAAUAAAAUUGCAACUUUCCUUUAUACUUCAUUGUUCAUGGCAGCCAACAGAUCUCUAGUUAAAAUCCUCCUUUCUUUUCUGUUUGGUGGUUGGGUUCUUAACUUUUUUAUUUUAUUAUUAUUUUUUCCAUUGGCAAGAAACACAAUUCAUACAUGCACUCAUGCACACUUUUUGCCCACACCUGGGCUCGAACCUCUCCCCUCCUCUUUGAGGAUGGGGAGUUGAGGUUAUACUAUUGGGCUAGAUGCCUUUUGGAGAUUGGGUUCUUAACUUGCUGAUGCUUACAUUCUCGCAUUCAACUUUUCUUUAU